AUGUCCAGCCCUAACAACAGAAACCACACCUUAUCCCGCUGGGACCACCAGACCACCUUCCGCAACAUCGUCUCCGCAGAAGAGCAAGACCGAGCCCGCAGACAUGGCCGCGAAGUGCCGUUCCUAGAAGCCAAACUCGAAAUGCUGAAUAGGCAUUUGUUGGACACGAAUCAUCAGUUGAGGGUCAAGCUUGAUGAGUUGCAGGUGUUGCAGAGAAGGUGUGAGGAGUUGGGUAGGGCGAACAGUAAUUUGGCUGCGGCGAAUAGGAGGGUGGUGAGGAGGAAUGGGGAGUUGGUGCAGGAGAAUGAUAUGUUGAGGGCGCUGCAUAGGGGAGGUCGUCGUUGA